CAAAAUGAAAGCCAUUUGCUUCGUUCUAGCCGCGUUCUCGUUGGCCCUUAUUUCUGUAGCCAGUGCUGGAAUUGUAGAGGUUGAACCCUUUGCCAAGACCUAUUCCUCCUGCAAGUCCCUGAACCCCAAGAAAAGUGGUGUACAGAAGAUCAAGGUGGGCAAGGACACCUUCGAGGUGUACUGUGAUGAAACCAUUGCCGGAAAGGGUUGGUUGGUCAUCCAACGUCGGGUCAGUGUCGAGGAGAACUUCUUCCGCAACUGGACUUCGUAUCAGUCAGGUUUUGGUGAUCUGAAGGGCAACUUCUUCCUUGGACUGGACAAGCUGAACAAGAUCACUGCCCUGGAGCCCCAGGAGCUAUUCAUUCAGUUGGUGGACUUUAAUAACACAUCACGAUAUGCCCAAUACGAUCUGUUUGGUGUGGGCAAUGUGUACAGUAAUUACUCGCUAACGCAGCUGGGUAACUACCAUGGAACUGCUGGUGACAGUUUGAGGUACCAUCUUGGUCAGUCCUUUAGUACUUUCGAUAAGGAUAAUGACCAAAGUAUGUACAACUGUGCUGCGAAAUAUACAGGAGCUUGGUGGUACAGGGAUUGCCUGGCAAGCAAUUUGAACGGAGCCUAUCUGGGCGGUAAUCAUACGGAUCCUGAUCUCUAUGGCGCUGGUAUUGCUUGGGGAGAGUGGAGAGGCUUCUCCUAUAGCUACAAGACUGUGAACAUUAUGGUGCGACCUAAAUAAAUAGUUCAGAUAAUGUUCUAUUUACUUAUAAUGAAGAGGACAAGUCUGUUAAAUGAUUAACAACACCUUUGCCAGUAUAAACUAUAACCCAAAUUAAAGCGCGAAUACACCUUAA